AUGUCGGAGCCAGCACUGGAUGAUUCUUAUUCAGAACAGAGCGAGAAGAGCACCAGAGUCCACAAGGAAAUCACUAGGAAAUUACUGGCUGAUGAAGAAAGGAUUGGCCUCUUAGAGAUCAAAAUUUGGAUAAAUGACCCCAAUCCCAAUGUCUUGACAGACUGGGUGGACAAUAAAAAGGAUGCCGAUUGCUGCAAGUGGCAUGGGGUUAAGUGCGAUAGUGCCACAAAGCGAGUUGUCGAACUCUCUCUUGAGGAUACAAGGAGUUAUUGGGAAUUUAAGGAUUUGAAACUUGAGAUCCUUAACCUGCGCCGCAAUCUGUUUAAUGACAGUAUUUUAUUGUCUCUAAGCCAACUUUCAUCUCUCAAAUCUUUAAAUCUGGCUGACAAUUCGCUAACAGGAUCUACUAGUAUCAAUGUCCUAGUAUCAGGGUUGAGAAAACUAGAGGAACUUGACUUACGUGGGAAUGCAUUUAGCGACAACAUUUUAUCAUUUCUGCAUGAGAUUUCAUCUCUCAAGAUUCUGGACUUGUCACAUAAUAACUUGACUACAAUAUCAAGUGGUAUCAAUGGUAAGGUUGCGAAUCCUAUCUCAAAUCGCAUCCUUUAG